AUGGAAAUAUACGUCGAUGACAUGCUAGUCAAGAGUGUGCUGCCGCAGGACCAUGUAACCAACUUGCGAGAGACGUUUGCAACCUUGAAGAAAUAUGGGAUGAAGUUGAAUCCCUCAAAGUGUGCGUUUGGAGUUGCAUCAGGGAAAUUCCUCGGUUACAUGGUGUCGAGCCGAAGAAUAGAAGCUAACCCUGAAAAGAUACAAGCUGUCUUAGAUAUGCAGUCUCCGAAAAAUUUGAAGCUGCUCCAGCAGUUGAUAGGAAGGAUAGCGGCACUAAAUCGGUUCAUUUCGCGAUCAACCGAUAAGUGUCUUCCGUUUUUCAAAGUCUUGCGAAAGGCCUUUGAAUGGACGAACGAAUGUGAAGAAGCCUUUGGACAGCUAAAGAGGUAUCUAGCAACCUCGCCUUUGCUAAGUCAAACGAUACCUGGAGAAAUAUUGUAUUUGUAUUUAGCUGUGUCUCCCACGGCUGUGAGUGCAGCAUUAGUCCGAGAAGAGGAAGGAGUUCAAAAACCUGUAUAUUUUAUUAGCAGAGCUCUGCGAGGUGCAGAAGAAAGAUAUCCUCAGAAAGAACUAAGAAAGCUAGAUCUGUGGGGAAGAUUAGCUAACUGGGCUAUUGAGCUGGGAGAAUUCGAUAUUGAGUUUCUCCCUCGGAAUUCUCUCAAGGGCCAGGCACUGGCUGAUUUUCUAGCACAAUUUACUAAUUUGCCAGACAUCACCAGCUGGCCAAGUGAUGAGACCUGGGUAAUUUACGUAGAUGGAUCAUCUACAAAGAAGCAUGGUGGAGCCGGGGUAGUAAUGAUUACUCCCGAUGGGGAAGAAUUAUGUAGUUCAUUAAAGUUGAAGUUCAAGACCACAAAUAACGAGGCCGAGUACGAGGCAGUCUUGGCAGGACUCGGUUUAGCUCUUGAAAUGGGAGCCAAAUUUGUAGAAAUACGAAGUGACUCUCAAGUCAUUGUAGGGCACAUCCGAGGGGAAUUUGAAGCCAAGGGAGACAAGAUGAAGUUAUACUUAUCCAAAGUGCAGGAUUUGCAAGCUUUAUUCAAUAAGUUUAGCAUUGUGAAAAUUCUGAGGCCAGAAAAUGAGAGAGCGGACCAGUUGACCCGAAUAGCCUCAAUAGCCAGUAAAGAGAUUGAAGCCGAGACUCCUAUCCAAAUUCUUCCACAGUCAUCAGUUACCGAGACGGUGUUGGUCUCGACAUCCGAGAACAUACCUAAUUGGCAACUAGAAAUUGUGGAAUACCUGGAAAAAGGAGUACUUCCCUAA